AUGAUCCUCCCGCGCAUCCACGAAGACCCCGACGUCCACCACGACUACGUCAACCCCGAAAAGGAGCUCAAUGCUGGCCUCUGGUCCCUCUACGCCGGCGCGACCGCCUUCCUCGCCCUGCGCAUCUGGAUCAAAGUCACCCGCCGCCACGGCCUGUGGUGGGAUGACCACAUCCUGCUGAUUUCCUGGCUCGUCCUGACCGCCAACAACGCCAUCAUCACCGUCGAAUACGCCACCGGCUACGUCACCGACACCUGGGACGACCGCAUGCACAUCCUCAUCAACAUUACCUCGUGCGGCACCGUCAUCGGCCAGGCCUUGACCAAGACGGCCUUUGCCGUCACCCUGCUGAAGCUGACCAAGGGCUACCAGCAGUGGGGCCUGUGGUUCUGCAUGGGCACCAUGAAUCUCUGGAUGAUCUUCCGCUGCAUCUUCCAAUGGGCCAAGGUCUGCGGCAAGUCGAGCUACGACGUGUGGUACCGCCUCAACUUCUGCCUCAACUGGACCUUUCGCGACAACUUCAAAGAGGGCGGCAACGUGUACAACAUCAUCAUGGACUUUGUCUUCGCAGUCUUCCCGUGGUUCAUCACGUGGAACCUGGACAUGCGCAAGGGCGAGAAGAUCGGGCUGUGCCUGACCAUGAGUCUGGGCAUGAUCGUCGCCGUUGUAUCAGCCGUCAGGACGGGCUGGAAAGACGAGGGCAACCAGAAGGACGCCUACUACUUCGAGCGCAACGCCCACUCCAACGUCUGGUACUCGUCCGAGGUCGUCGGCACCAUCAUCGUGCAGUGCAUCCCCAUCAUGCGCCCGCUGCUGCGCGACAUCCACACGACACUGACGUCCAAAAAGCUGACGUCGGAGAGUGAGGAGCUGGCGCUGAACAGACUGGCGGUAAGAGCGAGUAAGCAGUAG